GAGGAGUUGUCGGCGAUGGCGGACGUACGGGGGGAGCCGCCGGCGAAGCGGCCGUGCCUCGGGAACUGCGGGGCGACAGCGACGAUGAGAGCGGCCCAGACAAAGCCGGGCCACGGUAGAUUCCAGCGGCCCGACACCCUGCUGGACAUCAGUGCCAAGAAAGUGGCGGAGAAAUGGCCCUUCGAGCAGGUAGAGGAACGAUUUUCUCGAAUCCCAGAGCCAGUUCAGAGGAGGAUUAUUUUCUGGUCCUUUCCCAGAAAUGAACGGGAAAUCUGCAUGUACUCAUCGCUCAGCUAUCAGUGUCAGGAAGGAGAAAAGGACGGUGAAGUUCCUUUCAACAAAGGGCUGAGGUUAUUGGAAACGGGAGCCAUAGAACGUGUACUGCAAGUAGGGUUUCAUUUGAGUGGAACUGUGACAGAACUGGCCAGCCAGGGUGAGCCUGAGAAAAUAUACAAAGUUGCCAUCAGCUUUGACCGUUGUAAAAUUACCUCUGUGACAUGCGGGUGUGGUAACAAGGACAUCUUCUACUGUGGCCAUGUAGUGGCACUCUCCCUCUACCGUAUCCGGAAAGCUCAGCAGGUGGAACUGCGCCUCCCCAUUUCUGAAACUUUAUCACAAAUGAAUCGGGAUCAACUACAGAAAUUUGUGCAGUAUCUUAUCACAGCCCAUCACACGGAGGUUCUUCCCACCGCUCAGAAACUAGCCGACGAAAUUCUAUCUUCAUGUUCUGAAAUUAAUCAAGUUCAUGGUGCUCCUGAUCCCACAGCAGGUGCAAGCAUAGACGAUGAAAACUGCUGGCAUCUUGAUGAAGAGCAGGUACAGGAGCAGGUGAAAGUGCUGUUAUCAAUCAGUGGUUACUAUGGAGCUAGCAAGCAACUCCAUUCCAUGUUUGCUAAGGUGCGGGAGAUGCUCAGAAUGCGGGAUUCCAAUGGAGCUCGGAUGUUGACACUAAUGACAGAGCAGUUCAUGGAAGACCCACGCCUCUCGCUGUGGCGACAACAGGGGACAGGGAUGACUGACAAAUGCAGAGAGCUGUGGGAUGAGUUAGGUGCUCUCUGGGUAUGUGUAGUACUAAAUCCUCAUUGUAAGCAGGAGGAGAAAGCUGGCUGGGUUGAGCUUCUCAAGAAAUGGAACAACAUGGACGUCUGCCCACAAGAAGAUGGUAACUAUGGCAAUCAUAUCAACGAAAUACCUAGUAUCACAGCUGGCAUACAGCACAACUCAAAUCGAAACCAAGUUGGAUCGCGGAGAACUGUUUUUGUGCGUGCAAUAGAAGCCUGUGGCCUGGACUGGAAAGACUGUCAUUUGCGCAGAAUUAUCAGCAGUGACAAUUAUACCAACCAGUGGCAUGAUGGGGACCGAUCACUGUUUGAUUCCCAGGGACGGCCUCUUUGGCUGGAGCAUGUACCAACUGCUUGUGCCAGAGUAGAUGCACUGAGGUCACAUGGAUAUCCCAGAGAAUCUCUUCGCCUGGCUGUUGCAAUUGUCAAUACUGUCCGGUUACAGAAAAGACGCCAGUUAGAAACAUACAAACACCAGAAGAAAGAGCUAUUACAGAAAGGGGUAACCACCAUUGCAAAUCAGGAAGGUUGGGUCGGGCAUCCUCUUGAUCCGAUUGGGUGUCUAUGCAGAACAUUGCUCGAGGCUUGCAAGAUGGAUGAUGAGAGCUCAGUGUUAUUCACAGAUUCGAUAAAUGAUAUUCGCAAGCCGAUCUAUCAGCACUUUCCAGUUCCAGGCAGCAGCAACACCGGGGAGUCUUAUUAUGCACUUGCACUUGAAGUGGCACUAAUAGGAUUAGGGCAGCAGCGGCUAAUGCCAGAAGGUCUGUAUGCUCAGGACAAAGUGUGUCGGAAUGAAGAACAGCUUGUAUCGAUGCUGUCACAAAUGGAAUUUGACGAACGGCUCGUUCAAGUAUUGCGAAAACAAGCUGUCUUAUUACUGGAAGGAGGUCCAUUUAGUGGCCUGGGAGAAGUUGUCCACAGAGAGAGUGUACCCAUGCACACCUUUGCAAGAUACCUGUUCAAAGCACUCCUGCUUCAUGACCCUGAUUUGGCAUACAAGGUGGCUUUAAGAGCAAUGAGAUUGCCAGUGCUGGAAUCAAUGGCACCAGCUGGCGAUGGUUCUCACCCACAUCUGGUCGCAUUGGUAGAUCCUAGUCGUUACCCACGUUGGUUCAUCCUCGGGCACCUUGAAACACAGCAGUGUGAGCUGGCAUCCACUAUGCUAACAGCUGCAAAAGGAGACCCAAAGUGGCUGCGAGUGGUGUUGGAAUCCAUUCAGCAGAACAUCCAUUCUCCAUCACUCAUUUACAAGCUGGCACAGGAUGCUUGCAAGACAGCAACACCUCCCAACUGUGCACCUGAUAUUACACUCCUCAAUGUAUCUCUGGAGCUGGGGCUACAGGUUAUGAGGAUGACACUAUCGACCAUGAAUUGGCGGCGUCGUGAGAUGGUUCGCUGGCUGGUGAGCUGUGCUACAGAAGUUGGUGUUUGUGCCUUGAUGAACAUAAUGCAGAAUUGGUAUUCUCUCUUCACUCCAACCGAGGCUACCACAAUCGUAGCUGCCACGGUGACCUCCCAUGCCACUGUCUUGCGCCUGAACCUGGACUAUACCCAGCGCGAGGAGCUGGAUAGUUGUGCCCGGACGGUUGCCCUCCAGUGUACAAUGAAAGACCCUCAGAACUGCGCCCUGUCUGCCCUUACUCUGUGUGAGAAGAACCAUGUGGCCUUCGAAACAGCGUACCAGAUUGUUCUUGACUCGGCCUCCACGGGUAUGAGCUACUCGCACUUGUUCACCAUCGCUCGGUACAUGGAGCACAGGGGCUUCCCCAUCCGCGCCUACAAAAUGGCCAGCCUGGCCCUGUCCCACCUCAGCGUAACUUACAACCAGGACACCCACCCAGCCAUCACUGACGUGCUGUGGGCCUGUUCCCUGAGCCACUCACUGGGCAAGAAUGAGCUGGCUGCCAUAGUACCGUUGGUCAUUAAGAGCGUGCAGUGUGCCCCCGUGUUGUCAGACAUUCUGCGGAGGUGCACCAUGUCUGCUCCUGGCCUGCCUGGCGUUCCUGGCCGACGGAAUUCCGGCAAGCUCAUGUCGACGGAAAAGGCCCCCCUUUGCCAGUUGCUCAACGCGACCAUCGACGCCUACAUUAGCACCACCCACUCACGUCUGACUCACAUCAGCCCCCGCCACUACGGCGAGUUCAUAGAGUUCCUCAGCAAGGCUCGGGAGACAUUCCUGAUGGCUCAGGAUGGACACAUACAAUUUACGCAGUUCAUAGACAACCUCAAACAGACUUACAAAGGCAAGAAGAAGCUCAUGAUGCUGGUUCGAGAGCGUUUUGGCUGAAGUUCAGGAUUGUUCCUUUCCUUAGUCUUCCUUUGUUCUGGUGAACUCCUUUUUAUUAAUAGAGCCAAAAUAACAAAGUCAUUCCAUGUGCACACUAUUGGUGCAGCCAUAAAUAGGAACUGGUUGUGCCCCGGUCUGAGUCUCAGCAGGGCCUGAGUUUGGAACACUGCCUCUGCACCCUGCCAGACAGGGCUUACAGUUGCUGGAGUUAGGAAUCUGGAUGUUGUCUUCGGUGGGGAUCAGACUGGAAAAGGAAUACUAAACUAGCAAGGUGUGAGUUAUCCCAACUAAGUGUCCCAAAUCAUUUCACAGACCCGAGGUUUCUUUGUGAAGAUGUUCUAUGGCAGUCCCUGUUUAGCAAUGGUUGUACCUUGUUAUUUUAGUGGGCAAGGGUAAAGUCAUGAACUCUAAGGGUGGUUAAAUGAUUUACAACAGGAUUGGCCCCUCCUUUGAGGGUAUGAUGUGAUGGACUCAUUGAGUGUUAAAUGAUUCUUUGCUUUCCUGUAUGACACCAGUUUGGUCAGACCUGUUUGACUCCCACUUCCUGCCCUAGCCCCACUCUCCACCCCUCCAACACAAACCUCGGUGUGCCAUAGCUAGUAAGCUGCCUGUGUGUUAAUGCUGUUGCUGCUUUGAUAGCUCCCAAUCUUGAAACCAUCCAGCAAAGACCAGCGCUGGAGAUGAGGCUGAUCUUACACAGGUUCAGUUAAAGAGAGCUCUCCAGAAAUUAUAGUUCAGAGUUAGAGGGAGGAGUGGAGUUUUGGAUUUGUCUCUCACUCCCUUGUGAUCUAUCUCAAUAGGUGAUGUUGACAUUUGGUGCCAAAAAAUGGGAGUGUUCUAUUCCCAAGCAACACCUUUUCCCACAGUUUCACUCACUAUCAGUAUUUUUAAAUGUUCCUCAAGAUUCAACCCUCUUUGCAUUUUGCUUGAAUUUGUUUUUAACAACUGGAAUGCCUUUAAGUUACAUCCUAUCGUAAUGCUUCCUGUUCAAGCUGCGUGAGGGCCAGUAAAUCCUUUUCCCAGCCUAACCACUUACAAGUGUGAUCAGUAAGUGAAACGGGGCAGUAACAUAUAACUGAACCAGCAAAUACUGUUCACAACAGGAUAGUGUCAUGCUGAGAAGUCGUAACUAUUUUUGUUCUUGCCCAACUCGCUAGUUAAAGAGCAAACACGAGGAAAUCUGCAGCUGCUGAAAAUUCAAGCAACAACACACACAAAAUGCUGGUGGAACACAGCAGGCCAGGCAGCAUCUAUAGGGAGAAGUGCUGUAGACGUUUCGGGCCGAGUCUUGACGAAGGGUCUUGGCCCAAAAUGUCGACAGCGCUUCUCCCUAUAGAUGCUGCCUGGCCUGCUGUGUUCCACCAGCAUUUUGUGUGUGUUGUCGCUAGUUAAAGGUUAUUUUUUUUUCUCUCGUGUUCUGCCCUCUUCUGAAAAAUUUUUGGAGCAAUCUUAAUAUUUUUAAGCUAAAUUAUGCUGUAAAUUUAACUUGCUCUGCUGGAAUACUCUUGUCAGAAACACUGUGGUAGUUAAAAUAUUUGUGGAGAAAACACCCUUGGUAAUCUUUGCUGUACACUUGGUACAGGGAACCUCUUCCCUUUGUGGUAAUUUUUUUUAAUUUACAAGUUGACACCGACCAAAAAAAACUUGGAGGCCCUAGUGAAUUACCACAUGUAACGUACUAUACCAAAUCUUCUGAUGUAUACCUCCUUCCAACACUUUCUCUCUUGUCUCUCUCUCUUGCCAACAAUCUCCUGCCAAACUUGAAUUUUGAAAAGGAAGAAGAUAACUUAAGCCAUUCUGAUCAGGCGAGUGUUUUUUUUUGUAAACCUGUGUGUGCUGUGACUGAGCCCAUUCUCAGGGAAGAAGAAAAUGCUUUGUAAAUAGUAUUUUAUUUGUCAAAUUAAUAUGAAAAAAGUUAAAACCUUUAAUUUAUGAAAUAAGUGUAAUAUAGUACUUGAAUUCCUUUUGUGGGCAAGCAGAUUGUCAUCUUUAAAUUUUUUGAUGUAUUGCACAGCUGUAGGGUUAAGCUUAAAACAGCUGCUGGUCAGUUUAAUUGCUCUUGCUUUUUGUACAGUGUAUCCUCAAUUUUUUGUUAAAUAUUUAUUAAAGUUUGUAAAUGGU